UUAUUUUUGACAAAUAGCAAAUGAUAUUUUCUAGGAAAUAAUGUUACUCCAAAAAUCCGUCAAAUCAUAUUCAUUUAAUUUGUGCCUAUCUAUUAAAUUUGUUUUUUCUAAGCACGCUGGAUAAAACCGUCGUGUUUGGCAUCUAAUAAAAAAAAAUACACACAAAAUAUCAAUUAGUGUUUUGAAAAAUAAAUAAAUAAUUUCUUUGUUCUUUUAUAUAUCAAUAUCAACAAUAAUCAGUGAUGAGUCCAUUAAAUAGAGGACCACUUAUGGGUCCAAGAAUGGGUCCACCAAUUGGUAUGCGACCGCCCCCGCCACGUUUUGCAAGACCACCAAUGCCGGGAUUGCCACCAAGAAUGAUGGGUAUGCCACCACCUUUACCAAUGCCAAUGGGUGGACCAAUUUAUAAUGGUCCACCAGUUAGACAAAGAAUGGGACCACCUAGACCAGGUUCAAUGAUGAGACCAAAUGGUCCACCACCAUUAUUACGUCCAAGAAAUGGUUUACCACCACUUAUGCCACAAAUGAUGGGACCAAGAGGAAUGGGUCCUCGUGGUCCAUUAAUGAGACCUGGACCAAGAGGUAUGCUACCACCACCACCAGGUCCAUUACACAUGAGACCAAGAUUUACAUCAACAAAUGGAAAUAACAAAAAUAAACAUAUUAGCAAUUCAAAAAAAGCUAAUAAAUUUGAGGAAAUUGAAUUAAAAAAACCAUGGAUGACAGAUGAAAUACGUAGUGAAAUACAAAAAAAAAAUAAACUAUAUGCUAAAGCUAAAAAAAAUAAAGAUGCUAAAGAAUGGGAUGAAUUUAAAGAUUUAAGAAAUAAAGUUACAAGAAUGAUACGUGAUGCUAAAAAUGAUUAUCUUAUUAAAAAUCCAGAUCAGGCUGCCUUAUAUCAAGAUGAAGAAGAUUUUACUGAUCCAAGAGAUGAAAAAGAUAAUAGUAAUGAUGAAAUGGAAGAAAAUGAAGAAGUAUAUUAUUGUGAUCCAUGUGAUCGUGAUUUUAUAUCAGCAAAAUUACUUGAACAACAUUUAAAUGAACAUCGUGUUUGUGGUAUUGAUAAUUGUACAUUUACUGCACAUUCAAAAGUUGUUGAAUUACACAUUAAAAAUCAACACAUUACUGGACACUAUGAUCGUAUUAAAAAAGCAGAAGAUAUACCUGAUUGGAUUGCCGAAAGAAAAAGACAAUUUCCUACAAAAAAAAAUAUUGAACUUAAAAAUGCUGCUAAUUUGGAGAAACAAGAACGUGGUGAAAUAAUUCAAGGACAAAAUAAACGUAAAUCAAUGACACCAAGAGAUGAAAAUAAUUCACGACAACCGAGAGAAAAAAAGAGAAAACGUGCUAAAAAACGUCGACCAGAAAUUCAAAAACCCAUAACAAAUUUAGAAAAUGUUGAAAGUUGUCAAGGAAUUUUACCUUUCAGAGGCACAAAAUUUUCAUUAGCAGAGUGUGAUAAAAAAUUAAUAGAAACUGAUGAUGAAGAAACUCACCCCAUUGAUGACAAAAUAUCUGAUGAUGACGAUGAUGAACAGCCUACUCUUCCUCGUGAUAGCUCUAGUCAACAUGAAGAAACACCAUCAACCAGUAUCAUUGUACAAAAUGAUACACCUUCAGCUAGUAAUUCACUCCUAGGUUUAGUCGCAGAUUAUGGCAGUGACACAGAUGACGAACCACCUGAUGAAACUCCAAUAAAAAAAGUAAAAUUAAAUUUACCUGAAUUCAUUGAAGACAAUUCAUCAACGACAAUUCAAUCAUCUAAUCAAGUACCUGUUAAAUUAACUGAAAAAACAAAUGAAAAUUUAGAAUUAACAUCAAAUAAUAAUAACAAAAAUAAACAACAACAAAAUACAAUUGAUAAAAAACCAAAAAAACCAACAUUACAAAUGGAAAAAAAAUAUCCUACAUUGUUGGAAAAAUUAUUAGAAAAAGAAAUACAUCAUGAAAGAAAUUACAUUGCACAAAUAAUUAAAUAUAUUUAUGAUAAUAAUUUUUUUGAUGAAAUUAAUGAUAAUAAAUGUAUAUAAUUACUAAUAAUAAAUUAAUAAACAUUGAAAGAUAAAU